CUUGCCAAACAGCUGGUGAACCUGAAGACUGGCCGCAUGUCCUUCAAGUUCACAUCUUGUCGGCGUCUUCCUUCGUGCACAUAACUUUGCCAUACCCGUCAGCCCACAGAGAGCCUGCCUUCUCCUACCACACCGCUGCCUCCUACCUAUCCGCUCCACUCCCCCAACCACCGAUUUAAAAAUGGCGGACCCAGUAGACUGCGCCCUGGACCUGAUGCGGCGCCUCCCCCCGCAAAAAGUAGAAGAGAACCUUGCGAACCUGGUCGAGCUCGUCCCGCAUCUGACCGAGGAUCUGCUCUCCGCCGUCGACCAGCCGCUCAAGCCGAGGCGAUGCAAGGCGACGGGGAAAGAUUAUUUGUUGUGUGAUUAUAAUCGGGAUGGGGAUUCUUAUAGGUCACCGUGGUCGAAUGCCUACGAGCCCCCACUCGCAGAUGGGGCCCAGCCAUCCGCCAAGCUGCGGAAGCUCGAAGUUGCGACCAACGACGCUUUCAACACUUACCGUGAACUGUACUUUGAUGGGGGAGUCUCUUCCGUCUACAUGUGGGACCUUGACGAAGGGUUUGCGGCGGUUGUGUUGAUAAAGAACGUAAGCGAAAGCGACCCAGCCCAAAAAGGGUCCUGGGACUCCAUCCACGUCAUCGAAGUCGCCGAACGAUCCUCCCGCGCAGCACACUACAAACUCACUUCCACCGUCAUGCUCUACAUGGAGACCGGGGGCGCCAAGCUCGGCAACGUCAACCUCUCGGGGAGUCUCACCCGUCAGGCCGAAUUCGACAACCCCCUCGAAGAUUUCGGCUCGCACGUCGGCAACCUCGGGCGGAUCGUCGAAGACAUGGAACUGAAACUGCGCAACGCUUUACAAGUGAUUUAUUUCGGAAAGACAAAGGAUAUCACCAACGAUCUGAGGAGCGUUAACCCGUUGGGCGAUGCGAGAAGGCAGGCGGCGAUUCAGAGCGAGUUGAUUGGGAAGUUGGUUGCGAGGAAUCAGUAAGGGCGGACGCGGGAGUUUACGGAGAUGGGGAGUUUGUGGGGGUGAAGACUUGGAAUAGGGUGGACGUUACGCUGCUGGAGGAGCAGGUUGUUUGGGCGUAGAUCACUGGAACGAAUGACGACGGGGUAUCUGGGGUAGGAUAGAUAAUCGUCCACAUCGGAAUUGGCAUUUAGGCGGUGGUGAUAUGUAAAUAAAGAGGCGAUUGCCAAAACAGUAGUCAUUUUCGUGCGGCGU